AUGACUGGAUUAAUUUUACUUAGUAUUUCAGAACUCGACGAUAUUGACACAACAAAACCUGCAAAUACGAUAUGGGAUGCAGUGACCAGUUCAAUGAAGAGGACAGCAUUAAAUGUUGUUGGAAUCAAUCAAAAGCAACACAAAUUUCACAAUAACGAGAUUUUCUCUCUCUCAGAAAACCAGAAAGCCUUGAGGCUAAGAAUACAGAACUCCAAAAACCCGGAAGACAUAAGGGAUCUUCGAAAAUUAAGCAACCUGACAUUACUAAAUAUCAAGAAAAUACAAAAAACGCUAGUAUACAAAGAAACAGAAGAACAACUCCAAAACAUAGUAAAGCAAAAGGACGGGACAAGAAUGUUUAUGGCUAUGAGACUGUUAAUGAAAAAGCAGAGACAAAACUCGAUUACUGUCUGGGACACCACGGGUGCUAUCAUCAUCAACAACAAAAGUAAAGGAGAUGCUAUAUCUAGAUUCUACUACAAAAUGCUUAACUGGGAGGAUGAGUCAGGGUACAAACCCUACCCACAUACUGCAGGGGCACUAAGCUGCCCAAUAAACACAUGUGAAAUAUUGGAUGCAAUCAAGAAAUUGAAAAUCGGCAGGUCUGCGAGACCAGAUAAUAUCCCACCUGAACUAGUAAAAUACGCACCAGUGAAGCUUGCUGAAAUCAUUGCAUACAUUCUGAACAAAGGAUUUGAGCAGAACAACCAGCUAGACUUCGGCAAAGGAUGGUUAAUUCCACUACAGAAACCCGGAAAACAAAAAGGACCUUUACUCAACUUAAGACCUAUUAUUAUACUAACGACGCUUCGGAAAACACUGUCACUGGUUGCAUUGGAGAGGAUAAGAAUCAAGGUGGAAAAUUAUCUGUCUCUGGGGCAAAGUGGAUUCAGAACGGGAAGGUCCACUGCUGAUGUUAUCUGGACGCACAGAUGGACCGCUGCUUUAUGUCAAAAAUAUAAACGGUGUACUGAGAUUCUCGGAAUUGAUAUGUCCAGAGCAUUCGACUCUAUUCAUAGAACCAAACUUGUGGAUGUACUUUCGAGCUUUCUAAAUCAAGACGAUGUCAGAAUCAUCAUAAAACUACUACAAGGCACCCAAUUGGCAACCGAACUUGGCAAAACUGAGUCAAAUUACUUUUACACUUCACGGGCCAUACCGCAGGGUGACUUGCUGUCCCCAGUCCUGUUUAUCGUCUAUCUAGAAGCAGCACUCAGAGACUUCAGGCCUUUUGUUGACAAUAGCAAAUACAAUGAAAUAAUAUAUGCCGACGAUGUCAACUUCGUUUCUGAAGACGCAGAAACCUUUCAGUACAUUAUUGAAAUAUUACCACAUAUAUUUUCCAAAUGGUUUUUAAAAGUCAAUCAUAAUAAAACGGAAUACACGAAAAUCGUUCGUGCUGAACGCACCCACGAUGAGCCCUGGAGAAAGCAUUAA